AUAAAAGAAAAAUAUCAUCACUUGAUUUUUGAUACACUCAUUCACUCACCUUCUGAGUUCUGUCUGUGUGGACGAAAAGUAAAAGAUGGCGGUGAAGGUGUACGGACCCCUUUACGCAUCGCCGAAACGAGUCAUGGUUUGCCUUAUCGAAAAACAAAUCGACUUCGAAACAGUUCAUGUCGAUCUAUUCACGGGAGAAAAUCAUACUCCUGAGUUCCUGAAGUUACAGCCGUUUGGAUCUCUUCCAGUAAUUCAAGAUGGAGAUUACACUCUCUUCGAAUCACGAGCUAUCAUCCGAUACUAUGCCGAAAAGUACAAGACACAAGGAACCGAUUUACUGGGAAAGACAAUCGAAGAACAAGGUCUGGUACAACAAUGGCUAGAAGUCGAGGCCCAUAACUUCCACCCAGCGGUUAACAAUCUGGUGCACCAAAUUAUGUUCAGCCCGAAGUUUGGGAUAACCAAAGAUGAGAAAGUGAUCAAAGAAAGCGAGGAGAAGCUUGCGAAAGUGUUGGAUGUAUAUGAAGAUCGACUAUCGAAAAGCAAGUAUUUGGCUGGAGAUUUCUUUAGCCUUGCAGACCUGAGUCACCUUCCUUUUACAGACUACUUGGUUGGUCCUUGUGGGAAAGGGUAUAUGAUAAAGGACAGGAAACAUGUGAGUGCUUGGUGGGAUGAUAUUAGCAGCAGAUCUUCUUGGAAGAAAUGUUUGGAGUACGGAUAUCCUUUUUGAGUUCGAACUUCAAAGGUAAUGUAUGUUUGAUAGAAUAAAGCUUUAGCUUCGAGUGAUGAAUGUAUAACAUGUCUACUUUGAGUCUUGUGUCAAUCUAUCAAUAAAUUUGUAUACCACUAAAUUGAGUGAAUAACCGGUG